GGAGAGCCCCGGCGGGCCGCGUCCCGGCGCGGCCGGUUCAGCGGUUCCGCUCGCUGCAGGGCGCUGGCAGCGCGGGGGCAGCGGGCGCGGAAGAUGAGCCCGCCUGGUUUUUUCCCUCCACCUGAGUCAGUUCUGCGGGAGCAGCGAGCGGUCGCUCACCGCCUGCGGCGGUAAAAUCGGGCCGCCCGGCGGUAGGUGGGACGCCGCCUGCAGAGGUGCAUGCAGCUGCCCGGAGCCCGUCUGCCCAGGGCGCAGGAAAGCCGUCGCAUACCUCUUCUUCCCAUAUAACGGCGAAGGGGGACUUGCACCCGGGACCGAGACCGGGACCCCUGGCGCGGCUCUGGGGGGAACACAGCCCCCCGGAGAGCUGCCUGCGCGCCACCGGCGCCUCAGCGCCUGGGGCGUCUCUCCCUUGGCUUUAGCGGUAUUUCUUGUGCCUGAGGCAGCUGUAACGGGAAAGACCGCUAGGUCUAGCCAGCCAGUUUUUUAAAGCUUCCAACUUUCUUAAGUGAUGUUUUAUGCCUUUUUUUUUUUUUUUCUUCCUUUUAAGUGAUAAGAUCGAUCAUACUUGACUGUUUGUCUAAACAGAAUGCCCACUGGUGUUAUUUUUAAGUAGGCCCUGUUCCGACCAGCCUGCUUGCUUGUGGAGCUCUCCCUCAGGGAAAGCCUGUGUGCAAAAGGUUUUUUUAGACUAGGAGCGAAAAUUUCUCAGCGUGCAGUCCUCAAGCUCCAGGGAUGAGGCUCUAAGGGACAAACGCGCCCAGAUCCUGUCACGCGGGCUGCCGAAACAGAAUCCCAUAGAAGGAGUUAAGCAGGUGGUCGUCUUGGCUUCUGGAAAAGGGGGAGUUGGAAAAUCAACAGCAGCAGGUGUGAGAACUGUUGAAAAUUGAUCCUGGCAUGAGAAGAGUUCCAAGUGUGGUCUUGAAAGAAUCAAUAUAGCCCUUGCCCUGGCAGCAAAUGAUUCGACCAAAGAAGUUGGUUUACUUGAUGCAGACAUAUAUGGACCUUCAAUUCCAAAGAUGAUGAACUUAAAAGGAAACCCAGAAUUAACACCAAGUAGGACUGAUGAAGCCAUAUCUGCAACACAGCUCCAUUAAUGGAACAGCUUUUACAGAGCUUUGUUUCUGCUGCAGUCUAUCAGGAUGAAAAGAAGUGGUAAACCUACUCAGAAAAUCUAAUGAGGCCCCUUAAGAACUAUGGAAUUGCAUGCAUGUCUAUGGGUUUCUUGAUAGAAGAGUCUGCCCCAGUUGUGUGGAGAGGGCUCAUGGUAAUGUCAGCUGUUGAGAAAUUAUUGAGACAGGUUGACUGGGGUCAGCUGGACUAUUUAGUAAUUGACAUGCCACCUGGGACUGGAGAUGUACAGCUGUCAGUGUCACAGAAUAUUCCAAUUGCAGGAGCUGUAAUCAUCUCCACUCCGCAAGAUGUGGCUUUAUUGGAUGCACGCAAAGGAGCUGAAAUGUUUAGAAAAGUCCAUGUACCUGUUUUAGGACUAGUUCAAAAUAUGAGUGUUUUCCAGUGUCCCAAAUGUAAGCAUGAGACACACAUUUUUGGAGCGGAUGGUGUAAGAGAACUAGCAAAAACCCUUGGAUUGGAUUUUUUAGGAGACAUUCCACUGCAUGUUAAUAUACGGGAGACGUGUGAUUCAGGACAGCCUGUUGUGAUCUCGCAGCCUCAAAGUGAUGCCGCUAAAGCCUAUCUAAAGAUAGCUAUGGAAAUAGUGAGACGACUGCCAGUACCUCCUUCUUGAAGUGUUUAUCACUGAAACUUACCAAAAAAGCGGUCUUUUGGUGCAACCAAUGCAGAAGAGUCCUCCUACCUAAAUCUAUGGAUGCCAUAUUUUAGUUCUAAGAGCUUUUUUAGGAGUUAAUUUAUCAGAGGUUACACUAUGAUUGUGAUACUCAGUUUUUAAAAUCAUUGUUUGGCCAUGUUCAAAUGGAUUAGAGUAUUCAAAAGAAGAUAGACAGUAUUUAACUGCUGGAUUGUAACAUCAUCAAGCAAGAGGGGAUGAAGUACAUUUUUUCACGUGUUGUGUUUUAAGGUCAAGAACUAAACCCAGCCACUCAAGCCAAGCAAAAUUAUGAGAAUGAUGCCAAGCCAUAAGUCCUGCUUAAAAAAAUUACAUUUGCAGUACUCUAAUUUAUUUCAGUUUUGGUUCAUUCUUUUACUUGGUUAACUACCAAGCUGACCUUAAGUUCUUGAGAAGCAAAUUCAGUUAUGUAACUGUAAUACUUUUGUGUGUUUGUCUUAAAAUUAAAAAAAUUCCACGUAUACUCUGAAGAGUUCUUGUGAUGGAUCAUGAGCAAAUUGAUUCAUUAUUGGAUAAUGUUCGAUCAUAAGGCAAUUCACAGUUUAGUAGAGAAUGGAUUACAUGACCUUGAGGCGUAUUUCUUGAGUACUUUGCAUUGUAAUGGACCCAGACAGAAGAAUAGGUAACCAGGGUCGUAACUGAAAACCAGAUGUUGUGCCUGAACUCAGUCUGCCAGGGCAUGCAAAUGAUUAAGAUAAAUUAAAUUUAUGAUUGCAUAUUCCUAUUGCAGUGCAGCAACUUGGAAUUUGAAUAUAGAGAUAUACUUGUGAAGUAAAGAAAAAUUUCUUCUUCAAA